AAAUGGCUACUUCCGGAGAACCAACUGCUCAGUGGAAAACUACAAUUAUAAUUAGCUCGUCUCUCCAGAACCACGACACCUGCAGGACGCUGGGCGCACAGCAGCACAGGAUCAGGUUCUCUGACAGCGUUGAAGCUGGUUCCUUCAUUUUCCCUCUUUCAGGGACUGCGUUUCUCCUGGUGGAUCCUAAAGACGUCCCAGAGCCUCUACAGGAAUCCGGAUUGAAUGAACGGAUUGAAAAGUUUGUCCAAGUUCACAGGAACUGCUUUUUGCUUCUCUAUUCUCCCUUUAAUGGCAGCAAAGAGCUGAAGGUUUUGGCUCACAUUCAGCACAGAUUUCUUGGCAGCAAUCUGAAGGUCCUUCCUGUACGAAACGCUCCUCAGAUAACAAAAGCGAUGCUGACGGUUGCCAAGGCCACCAGCAAGCCGCACGUGGAUAAAAUCCGAGAGCGGAUGUCUUUGGCCCGGGCCCGCAUCGUCGAGUCCAGUCCUGUGUGGGAAAUGCUGAAAGGCAUGUUAUGAUCCAUGCCACCAGAGUUCGUACACGAAGCUACGUGAAGCAUAAGUAGCACAGAUGCAAACUGUUUUCAUCUCUGUUUGGUCAAAUAAUUUCAACAAAAGCUUAAAUAAACAUUUGGAACCGCUGAAGGCUUUCUGUUAUCAGCCAAAAACCCAAGCAGAUCGGUGUCAGUGAAGCUCCUCCAGCUUUUCCUCUGUGAUCUCGUCAAUCCGGACGAUGAGACUUUCCAUCAAGUCGAAUGUCACCAAAGCGCUCUGCAGCACCUGAGUCACAAAAACAACCUUUGCUUUUCUGUUUAU